GGGCUCUUAAACCUUUUGACACAGUAGUUACGACUAGAUCAUCGGACUGUUAAUCCUCCAUAAUGUUGACAUUAAAGAACAUAAGUAAAAUUCAUUUGAUCAGCUUACGAGCAUAUAGUUCUAAAGUGAAAUUAAAUGAUGUUGUUAUCGUUAGUGCUGUCAGAACACCUAUUGGAUCAUUUUUAGGAGGACUAUCUAAUGUACCUGCACCAAAACUUGGAGCUGCUGCUAUACAAGCAGCUGUAGAACGUGCUGGGGUUUCAAAGGAGCAAGUUACAGAAGUUUAUAUGGGAAAUGUUUGUCAAGCUUUCGAGGGCCAAGCACCAGCAAGACAAGCUACAUUGUUUGCAGGUUUUCCUAAAUCAACAAUAUGCACAACAGUCAACAAAGUUUGUGCAAGUGGUAUGAAAAGCAUUAUGCUUGCUUCUCAGACAUUGCAAUGUGGACAUCAAGAGAUUGUUCUUGCCGGUGGUAUGGAAUCCAUGUCUAAUGUACCAUUCUAUCUUGCACGAGGAGAAACUAAGUAUGGUGGUAUGAAACUUGAGGAUGGUAUUGUGUUUGAUGGUUUAACCGAUGUUUACAACAAAUGCCAUAUGGGCAAUUGUGCAGAAAAUACCGCUAAAAAAUUAAAUAUCACACGGAACGAGCAAGAUGAAUAUGCUGUUAAUAGUUAUAAACGCAGUGCUGCAGCUUAUGAAAAUAAAGUAUUUCAAGGAGAACUUAUUUCAGUUAAUGUACCACAAAAAAAAGGCAAACCUGAUAUUACAUUUAACGAGGACGAAGAAUAUAAAAGAGUGGAUUUUUCUAAAUUUAAUAAAUUAAAUACAGUUUUCCAGAGAGAAAAUGGCACAGUGACGGCUGGAAAUGCAUCAACCUUAAAUGAUGGAGCUGCUGCAUUAAUUUUAACUACUACAAAUGUUGCUCAGAAAAUGAAUCUCAAACCUUUAGCGCGAGUUGUUGCAUUCCAAGACGCGGCAACUGAUCCUAUCGAUUUUCCAAUUGCACCAUCUUUUGCAAUUCCUAAAUUACUAGAAAACGCUGGACUGAAUAAAAAUGACGUAGCCCUUUGGGAGAUCAACGAAGCUUUUAGCGUGGUUGUGGUCGCAAAUCAAAAAUUACUCGAUCUUGACCCUAGUAAAAUAAAUGUACACGGCGGUGCUGUGUCUCUUGGCCAUCCUAUCGGGAUGUCUGGAGCUCGCAUUGUAGUACAUUUAGUACAUGCUUUGAAGACUGGGGAAAAGGGUGUUGCAUCUAUCUGUAAUGGAGGUGGUGGCGCCUCUUCAAUUUUAAUUGAAAAAUUGUGUCAUCCGAUAUCUUCCCCGCCGACAUUAACGUUAUACACGAAACAUCCGUGUCCGCUUUGCGACAUUUUAAAAAAUGAAUUGCAAACACAUUUUUCUGGUCAGUAUCAACUGCAAGAAGUUGACAUUACAGCCCCAGGAAACGAAAGAUUUCUUAAACUAUACAGAUACGAUAUUCCAGUUCUGUUUUUGGAGGGGCAGUUUCUUUGCAAGCACCGUUUAGAUACGGAGUAUUUAGAGAGAAGAUUGGCAGACUUAAUCUCGUCAACAAGAAGUGAUAAAUAUUAGUAUAAUUAAUAAAUAUAAAUAUGAAUUAAAAGGAAGAGAGAUAAUAAACAUUAAUUUUGGGGGGUCCCCUUCGAUCGAGACCUCGGGCAGACGACUUUUUUCGCAUUUCGUAUUUAUUUAAAGUGUUAAGGAUACAUUAGAUGCCUUAUUACACUACCAAAUGUUGUUAAAUUAAUAUAAACAUGCAACCUU